CAGAAACAUCUCCCACUGCAAGUCCGGCAGCCUGGAAGGAAAACCGGGAAACAAAACUUUGGCACGGUGUCUAAUUUGAAAGUACCGGAAUAGGUGAGAAGAAGGGAGAUGAAAUUCUUGUGAAAGGUCUGUGAAGCUGCGAUAGAUGCCUUCUUUGUAAAUAUCAUUAAAACAUGUCAGCCCUUUAUUACCCCAUGAUGAAAGGUUGAAUCUGUGAGUGCUGGUUGAAACAAGUGAUUCUUCAUUAAAAGUGUAGAUGCUGAGUUAAAUUUGAAGUGCCUCCUAAACUGGCACCAAGUUUUUAAUGCUAGAUUGUUUGUGAAGCCAGAGGGGUUGGAUGUAAUGGGGGAAGUGAGAAGAGCAAUUAGUGAGGAGGAUAGGGAGCACGGUUGUCCCUCUAACUUGCAUGGACGAGGUUAUUUCCCAUUAAAAGCAGAAUAUUUUAAUAUUUAAAGCCUGCCUUGUGAUUUGUGAAAUCUUGUUUGAGUUGAAUAAAGGGCCACAUUGGUGCUUUCACAAAGCACUUUGGCAACCACACUCACUGUCUUGCACUUCCUCUGUCGUUGUUCAGUGGUACCAAUUUCAACAGUGGAAACCACGAGCACCAUAAAAAGCACGUCCACUCCAGAUAACGUAUCAGUUCUUCAAGUGACUCUUCAGAUCCCCCUACCACCUGCAGCUGAGCAGAGAGCCAUGCAUCCUGUUUACGCCAACGAAGUGCCCCCUGGACAGCCUGGGGGUCCCACAGGAGUUCAGCACACCGUAGUGAACGUCCCCACUGAGCCCACAAAAGAUUAUCUGGUCUGGUCGCUGUGCAGCUUCGUCUACGCAAAUUUUUGCUGUCUCGGAUUGGGGGCUCUCAUCCAUUCUGUCAGGGCCAGAGACCACAAGGCGCUUGGGGAUCAGGAUGGAGCCCAACGUCACGCCUCCUCCGCUCGCAUUUUCAACAUUGUGGCCGUGACCCUGACGUCUUUAGCGGUCUUUAUUUACAUUGUGGUGUUCAUUGCUGGGAUUGCACGAAGUUCACGCUAGGGAUCCUACAAUCUCAAUUAACCAACUUUCAUAUUGUAUGAGGAGGAUUUGAUCUGCACCAUGUCUUGGUUGUUGUUCUGCUUUUGCUCUGGUGCCAAAAUAAAACAGUUAAAGUCUGCUUAUGUCAAA